CAUGUAGGUGUGCUAUGUAAACUUAGGAUUUCAUCUUACCUACAGACGCGGAGCGGUUAUGCUUGUGAUAAUUGACCAGACCUGGCUAAGCAACGAUGAGCAUUGUAGGGGCACGGAGGUGGGAUAAAUCAAAACAGAACGGUGAAUAAACCAACGGCGCAUACACGACGCAACUGCAUGUCUUGCGUGAUUUCGACAUGGGCGCUGUCCUAUCAACCACCCGCUACUUGGCGCCAUGUAAUGCGUGGUGGCUACCAAGCUAGACCGUAGAUUGGCCCAGUUCAUGACCUUUCAAGUACCACGCAUCCCAUUGGAAACUGUCACCCCAUCUCACCAAAGUGGCCUGCUUUCUGUCAACCGGCUAAAUCCUCGCCAACAAACCUGCGUUCCUAUACCAAGUCCUUCGCCACGAGUCAUCAGUACUAGCAACGACAACUUUGUUGGAAGGUUUCCGCCAUGUGCUAGGUCGGCUCGGCGUGGCAAUAUGUCAAGAGUCAUGCCCGUGGCCGUGUGGGGCGGAGUAUCACCUCGUCGGUUGUGGGAUGCAUCAGGGCGAACGUGGUCUAACAGAACCCGUCUGUGUGUGUUGUUGGAAGAGGUCUGAUCGAAGCGUAGGUGGCC